CUGGCUCGCAGGCUUCACGACAUGACGCCUUCCUUGAUCGGAUGACGCGUGUGGACAGAAAGCCGGUAAACAUUCAAGAAGACAGGCUGCAGGGCUGCACAGAGGCUGCUCCUGAACCGUACACAAACGGCGUCUGUCGCCACUGUUAUGCCUCAUGAGACUUGGUCCCUGCGAGGGGUUCCCCCUCAGGUCAAACCAGCCACCGGCGGACUUGUCAGUUGCCCUUUCUGCCCUCGGACAGCAGAGUACCCCGCUGUGACUGCACACCUUCAGAGUCACCAGAGGUCGAUGGUACAAUAUGAAGGUUAUGACAUUUACAAAUGCCACCAGGCAUGUUUAAAAGAUGGUCACUACCACUGUGACUUGUGUCAGAGGGCAAUUGGGAGGAAGGAGCUGUUUGAGAAACACCUUAGAAAGUGUUCUUCAACGUCGAGGCAACAUCAGACCGGAAAAACUGAUGAAACCAUCAUCAGUGACCCUCUCUCACCAGAAACCGAGAUGCACACAGAAAAUGAUUUGAUCUCUGGCAAAACAGGCUCAAAAAUGGCAACAUACACAGCCGAAGUCGCUACAGGGCAUUCUGUUGUGGUGGAGGUGAGCCCAGACAUCCACAUCUGUGGCUUCUGCAAACAGCAGUACAAUAACUUUGAGGUCUUUCUCGCCCAUAAGCAAAAUGGAUGUUCCUUGCCCACCUCUGAUACACCAGCCACCACUACACCAGCCUCUCUCACAGAUUCCAGCACUGAGUUUGUUUUUGAGGAGACCUACCAGACGUGCGUUAUGAGAGGCGUCAAAAAGAUCCUGACCAAAGCACAUAAAACACCUUCCAAAAAAUUAAAACCUGCCCUGACUUCAAAGAGACACAGCUGCUGUUUCUCAGGUUGCACUUUUAAGACACAAUAUGGCCAAAAAGAUAUGGAGCGGCAUCUCAAAACCCACACUGGUGAGAAGCCGUUUGAGUGCGAGCUGUGCCACAAGCGCUUCAGUCGGCGAGACAAGCUCAACAUGCACAGCCGCUCGCACACAGGCGAGAAGCCGCACAAAUGCAAACACUGUCCCUAUGCAGCUGCAGACAGCAGCAGUUUGAAGAAGCACCUGCGAAUCCACUACGAUGAGCGACCGUUCAAAUGCCAGAUCUGUCCUUACGCCAGCCGAAACUCAAGCCAGCUCACUGUGCAUCUCCGCUCGCACACAGGGGAUGCACCUUUCCAGUGCCAACAGUGUGACGCAAAGUUCAAAAUCAACUCAGACCUGAAGCGGCACAUCCGGAUUCACUCUGGUGAGAAACCUUACAAAUGUGACUUUUGUGAGUACCGCUGCGCCAUGAAAGGCAACCUAAAAUCUCACAUUCAGAUCAAACAUGGCACAGAGAACUCUUUUCACUGCGUGCAUUGCGAUUUCAAGUGUACCAACAAGACUGCUCUGCGGCAACACUCGAGAGAACACCAACCCACUCAGCCCAUUCAGUGUUCAAAGUGCACUUACUCCUGCUCCAGCAAGGGGGCGCUCAAAGUCCACGAGCAGAUCCACUCAGAGGAGCGCCCCUUUAAAUGUGACUUUUGCAACUUUGCCUCCAAGCAGCGCAGCAAUCUCGUCAUUCACAAAAAGAAGUGCCACUCGGACAAACCUGAGAAAGGUGGCGGUGGGAAGGCCGGAACAGGUGCAGGGAAGAGUGGAGGUGGAGAAUCUCCGAAGCCUGUCAGCUCUCGGUAUCGGGCCAAACUAGAUGCAGCUCGAGCCUUCUGCUGCGACUCGUGUGACGCUUCAUUUGUGCGAGAGGACUCCCUACGGAGCCACAAGAAGCAACACAGAGACACUCAGAACGUGUUGCAGCUCCAGCUCUCCACACCAGCAGAUGCAGUCAGCUUGGUUCCUGUUACGAUGCCACAGAGCAACACUCAGCUCGAAGUUCCCAUCCCAUCCAGCUCAAUGGCUCCUUACAGUAACGCACAGCUCAAAAUCAUCGUAUCUCACCCUUUGGGACAGGAGAACCCCUUAAUCCCGGCUGGAAGGGACAGUCAGAGCAAGACCAACAUGGUUUUGCUUAGCCCUGAAAACCAGGACAUGGUGGUCAACUCCAUCAUCCAGCAGGUUAACCUACUGGCACCUAUGCAGCCCCUCGUGUCAUCUCAGACCACAGAAGCCACUCUUGAGCCCCAGACUGUCCUUUUGACGCAGCUCAACCCAGAAGACGCCAGCAACCCUCUCCACCAGGCGCUGCUGCAGACGGCCAUAACCGCUCAGGACUCCAGCAGCAGCAGCAGCAGCAGCAACACGCAGACUUUUAUCACCACCUGCUCUGAACUGGAGGGUCUCAAUGCCUUGAUCCAGGAGGGUGGCACCGAGGUUACAGUGGUGACGGAAGGGAACACCACCCUGCUGACGGCAGCAGCUCCUCCCGACAUGGACCACAUGUCCAAGCCAGCAGAGACAUUGACAGUCGAGGAGAACGCAUUACCCUGCAAGGAAAACGCGUUACUGGUGCCAAACAUCAGCCUGAGCAGCCAGAAUGUGGUCAUCCAUGGCGUCCCGCUGAUCGUGUCCGCUCAGCCACAGCAGAGUGAAAUAGAGCAGCUCUCUCCUCACACACUCUACUCAGAUUCACACACACUAGAACGUAUCCCACAUUAAGUGGAGGGUGUUUAUUCUGUGAAACUAGAAAGACUUGAACCGCAUCAUAAGCUUUUUUUUUUUUUUUUGCUGGUAAGAGCUUGUAGGCCUCAACUUAACCACUGAAAUAACAAUACUGUUGACUGAAACGUAAUAUAGUUUUCAGAUUUUAGAAUAAUUAAUUGUUGUAGUAGCACAAUAGUUCAAUCCAGGAUGUUUUCAUGUUUAACAAUGAAUAACUUCAUUCUGAAAGCUCAUUCUUUUGGACUUCAUUUCAUACACUUUAUUUCUUUGUGCCAUUUUUGGAGGCAUCAAAAAAUAAACCUUAUUUUAAAUAAAGUGAAUGAGUUAUUUUGCUAAAAUAGGGUUUAUUUUCAGGCAACAUCAUAGCAGAAACAUCUGAGCAAAGGAAUAAAGUGUGAAUCAAAUAAACUUUAAAUUGAAUGUAUUUAUGCCAUGCAUUUUUAAUGUUUGUCCAAAAGGUGGCAGCAGAGUGACAAGAGUAAAGAGUGAUGUGAGGUCCAUGGUGCAGUCUAGUACUAUUGAUCUUAAAUAUUCUGUAUGUGUAGCUGCUUUUUCAAGGAAUAUUUCUGAAUCCUCAUUCUGAAUGUAGGACAUAGAUGUCGGUUAUAGAGAACAUUAGGCUACAUAUCAAGGUCUUUAUUUUCUAAAAGGCAAGUUGCUCUCCCAAUAGAUUUUCCAAUAAAGUGCCUGUUUUGCUUGUUGCUGUCUAUUAUUGUGGCCAUUUUUACACUCAGCACUUAGUAUUUGCAGAGAGUGGAAGCUGCACCUGAAUAGGAGGCCUCUGAACUGUUGACCAUUGAUUUCUUUCUCGUCUCUCGCCACUAAUGGCUUCACUGAUGCAGCCUCCUCCGUUUUCAGGCUCAGCAUGGCCACAAACUCUGAUGAAGUUGUUUGAGGAUGAUGAUGAUGAUAUAUUGGUUGCUGGCACUGAAAGUUCACCUAAGAGUUGAUUUGUGUUUCCAACGGGGAGCUGUAAUUGAGGACAGUAUCCCUUUUGUUCUACAUUCAGCGUGUUCUUUGACCUCAUUAAUUAAGGAUACUUUUUCCAUGAUAUUCAUUAAAUUGAAUACGAGUGGCUGUAAAGUGUCACUUUAGUACUUACUUUUUCUGUUAUUUUACAGCAUUUAUUAGAGAAAUACUGUGCUUUUUAUUCCCCUAUAUUCAUCUGACAGCUGUGACUGCGGUUUACGUAAAAGAUCUUAAGAGUAGUUUGAAAUUUGGAGAGGGCUGCACAGUGGCGUAGUGGUUAGCACUUUCGCCUUGCAGCGAGAAGAUCCCUGGUUCGCAUCCCGGCUUUCCCGGGAUCUUUCUGCAUGGAGUUUGCAUGUUCUCCCUGUGCAUGCGUGGGUUUUCUCCGGGUACUCCGGCUUCCUCCCACAGUCCAAAAAUAUGCUGAGGUUAAUUGAUUAUUCUAAAUUGCCCGUAGGUGUGAAUGUGUGAGUGAUUGUUUGUCUGUAUAUGUAGCCCUGCCACAGACUGGCGACCUGUCUAGGGUGUCCCCUGCCUUCACCUGAGUCAGCUGGGAUAGACUCCAGCACCCCCCGCGACCCUAGUGAGGAUUAAGCGGUGUAUAGAUAAUGGAUGGAUGGAUGGAUGAAAUUUGGAGAAAUAUUGUUUUGCAGAUGCAAAAAUUAAUAGCACUGAGCUGCUAGUUUGCUGAGUUUAGCAUAAGAGCUGAAUAUUCUUUGAUUUGAACUCUGAGUACACUGAUGUACAAAGGCCCCAUUUGCAGUGUAGCUAAAUAUAAAAAUAGAAAAUGUAAGGACACAAAAAGGAAUCUGGGGUAACGGUAAUGUAUUGAAAUGCAGAGUUAGUAAAAAAUAUAAACAAUUAUUAGAGCAUUUAAGCUUUAAAACUAAAGCACGAACAAGAACUUUAGACUAUUUGGGGAAACAAAAUAAUAACUUCCUGUAAAAACCAAAAGUUGUUUUUCUUUCUGAGCAAUCAUCCUAAAAUGUGUUGAUCAGAGAGCACUGGAAGCACUGGUAGAUACAUUUUGUUCCCUCUAUACAAGUCCAGGCAAGUCCUUUUUUCAGCUAAAUGUCUGCUGCGUAUAGUUUUAUAGUAAGAUAUCCUUAAGGUACAGAUCUAAGCGCUUCUUCCACCACUAAAUUAAAUGAAGAAUGUGUCUUUUAUGUUUUUUUAAACCAUUUUCAAGAACAUAAAGCCACAUUACAGUGUAAAUUGAACUCCCUCUGCAUUGUGACUGGGAUAAAUUACACUCUUGCACUAUCUGUACCUGCACUCAAGCUCACUUUUAGAUUAUAAGAAGACCAGUGAUCAGUAGAGUCAGUGGGGACCCUUUUGAACAAAGUGCGUCACCUCAACUUCAAGUGGAAGUGCAAAAAACAGAAAAGAACCUCCUGAAAUUCCAUUAUGCAUGAAGAUGAGUGUUAUGUGUGAAAAGCAAGUAGUGCUCUCGGGUGUAUCUCUUUGAUCUAUUAUCUAACAGACUUCCAGGCCAUAAUCUUGAGCACCCUUGAGGAGGAGAGCCCAUCCCCCCUGGCCCUCCACCCCUCCUGCUCUACAUGUGACAUCAUGGCUGGGUUAAGUGUUUUUUUUUCUAUAGGCUACAACAUCUUUAGACUGUUUGGGUGGGAAACUUUGAACUGCUGUGUAGUGAAACACUAAAAUGUAUUAGUUUAUUGUGUGUGUGUGUAUGGUGGCAUUUAAGGUGAAAAAUGAAUGAAUAAUACGAUACACCACACUUGAUUUUAAACAGCUUUUCAAUUUAAACAAAUCUAUCAGCAGCUAAUCCUAGCAUUCUGUUUUGGUUUAAAGUUUGAAAACAGUAGCAGGAGUUGCAAACGAACCUCUUGAUACUGUAUGGCACUUCUAAGUUCCUUCCUUCCUGUGUUUGAGAUGUCGGCCUUUGAAUGGGGUCAUAAAUGUCUCCCCAAAAAAGCAAUUUCCACUCACAGCUGCUUAAAGAAAUCGUAAGUUGUGAUGCAUUCCUUCUGGACAGAAACAGAUCCAGAAAGGACCAGGUGAUAGAAGGACAACAGCCAGAGGCAGAUCACAUGUGAGCUUUAGGAAUGGCAGAAAAUAGGGCUGGUGCUUUUAAAUAGUGUGAAAAUGUCACAUGGCUGUAAAAUAAACCUAAAUGAAUUUAGUAUGUUAAUUUCUUUCAUCAGAGGUGGUUAUAAAUCAGUCACUGAGAGCAAACAAUGUGUUCACGCUACACUCCUCCAGGUACAAUCUGUCACUUGGUCCAACAAUACAUUGGUGACCUUUGCUUUGUUUGCACACAAUUUGCUGUCCCGUCAGUAAAUGGCAUUGAAUUCCUUAAUGAAAUUAACUGAUUGGUAAAGUAUUGAUAUGCAUUUGUUUUUCCGAUGCAGGCAUCUUUUUUUUUCUUCUUCCCUGUGACACUAUUGACAUCUUAAGUGAGUUUUGAUUUCUCAGUACACUGGAGGCUUUUAUCUUGUCUCUGUUCAAUUCUUUUUGUCUGUGUGAUAGAAAUUCAAGAUGAUAGAGGUAUUUGAUCGGCCGUUUUCAGCCAAGUAACAAAAAGACACCUUAAUUUGCCUUGCUGAAUGCAAUGUGAUUAUUUGCUGAGACAUUAUUAAGCUAUUGUAGUGUCUAAGAGUGGAAUCAAUAGACUUUUGGGCAAACUAAAAUUACUUUGCCUGUGCGGGCGGUUUUAUGUUUCAUAUUACAUUUUUUUAAAUGAAAUCAUGCACAAUUUGAAGGCGUUCACAUCUUAGUAAUGAGUUUUUCCACACUUUCUGAGAGCUCUGUCACUAUUCUGUGGUUUUCUUUUGGUAUUUGAGUGUUUAGGGUGUUGUUUUUGCCUCUUUUUUUGUCUAUCUUGGGUUGUCAGGAAGCAUUACUCUGACAGCUGUUUUGUUGUUGUUUCUUUAAGAUUGAAAGCAGAGUUUAAGACCAGUCCUCAGGGGGCAGGAAAGUAAGUAUAAUUUUGAGCCACCAGGCAUGGCUGGAGUGAGAGAACUAAAGCCCAUAAAAGUCCUUUAGUGGACAAAAGAAUGCUACAGUAUCUUCUGUUCUUCAGCACAGAGCCACUGGCUUUUAUAAUAAUGUCCUUUAUUCCUUUAUGACAAUGUGGGUUUCACCAUUUAGCGGUGGAGCACUGAUUGUGAUCUUGUGAAUGCAAAUAACUAGCUAUCAGCUUUUGUGAUUCAGCAACAAAGACAUUUAGCCAUUGUUUUCCCGCUCUUGUUUCUGUGCCACUAACCCUAAACAAAUGAGUGUUUGCAUGGUUUUGGCCGUGCGCAUGGUGCCAUGCAUUGAAGGGGGCAACAAUCCCUCAAUUGUUUCCUUUUAUUACAUAUUUAGUGGGAUGCAAGUUAUGUUGGGAACACCAGCUAAGUGUCGGGCCAUCAGGUUUGGCUCUGCACAGAUACGGGAUUUGUUUUUUUAUGCUCGGUUUUGUCACAACCUCUGAUCAUUCUCAUACGUCAGCAUGUUGCUUUGUGUUUUCUCGUUCCGCAUUCUCAGAGUUUGCAGAGCAGGACAGUCAGUUUUUGUAUAGUUCGACAUUUGUUUUCAUCAGCCUGCUAUUACAGAGGGAUUGUUCUUAGGCAUUUCAUAGUUGCUGGAAUUGUAAAUCUAUUUAUGAAUGCAAUGCAUACGAGCAGUUCUUUUUUAAAAAUUAUUUGGACAUUUAGAAAGACUAGUACUUGUUGUAGAUGCCUAGUAGGAUUCACAAUUUACACGCCAGUUCUUAAAAACAAUACUUAUGUAUUGUUUUUAGUGUGAAUAUCGUCCCAGUUGAAACAGCUGCCUGGUCAAACAAACCUAUUUACAAUUUUAGAAAUUCCACUGCUUUCAACAGAUGGCUAUGAGCAAGCAAAAUAUGUUCUUUGUUCACACAUGCCUUAUCCUAAAAAAACAAACAUGAUGGAAAUCUGAUCUUUACACAUACAAGCCAUUGUUGUGUGCGUGUGUGUGUGUGUGUGUGUGCACAUACAUGUGUAUGUGCUUCAGUCUUUGUUUACCUUCCUUGCUUUCAGAGUGCUUAAUGCACACAGAUUCAGCUGCCACAUUAAUUCUUAUACAAAAGGGGAAAAAUAAAGCACUUGUUGGAUAAGAGGCAGUUAAAAAGGGAUAGUUUGUAAAUAGUAGCCUACUCAACGUUAAAGUCUUUAAUUUAUAUUUAAAUGAAAUUUCACUUAAUGCACUUUGAGAUUUUUUUCUCAAGCAACCACUCAAGACUAUUUUAAUUUCCUAAGUUCUGUUUUUGCUUCAUUUAUAGUUUCUUAACUGUGUCUGUCCUUUUCAUCACUGCUGAGGAUUCACAACACUGAUGGAGUCAAUCAGUGGCAGACCCAGGAAAUGUUCUUGUUUUCAUUUUGAUAUGCUGCGGUGUUUCUCGGGAAUGGAGAGGUGAAGAGACGGAAGAUAAGAUUUAAGUUGUGCUUUUCACUAUUAGCAUUUCUAAUGUGGUUACAAAAGCAGUGAUUUCUGUUUUUUAAUGUAAAGAUAAUUAAAAUGUUGCCUGCA